AUCUUUGCGUUUCUAUCGGCUCCCCAUCGUCCUUACAGAGAGGAAGAAGCGGGUGAGAAGCAAAAACUUCUCUUUCCACCGUUCUGCCUGUCUUUGCAGACUUGUUCCGAGGCCGAGGUUGUGGGAACUGGCUGCUGCUUCCUGGUCCAGGACUGCUGAGGCAAUAAAGGUGUAGCAAUGGGCCUGGCAGCCUCCUCCCUAACAGGCAUCUCCGAGGUGGUGAUGGCUCUCCAGAGGACCCCUGCAUCACUUCUGCCCUUGCUGCUGACCCUGCUGGGGCUGGUGCUGCUGCAGCCCUCGUAUGGCCAGAUUCCCGGGUACCAACGAUUCCUGAGGGAACACGUGGACUCUGGUGUGACAGGAGGCACUAAUACCUACUGCAACAUGAUGAUGCAAAGACGGCGCAUGACUUUACCUCGGUGCAAGGGCUUCAACACUUUCAUUCAUGAAGACCUUGGGAACAUUCUUAGUAUCUGCCGCAACAACAAUAUUCGAUGCAGGAAUGGCCAGAUGAACUGCCAUGCGGGUGUAGUGAGGGUCACAGACUGCAGGCAUACUGGAGGGGCCAGUGGCCCCAAUUGCAGAUACCAGGCGAGGGCCAGCACGAGACGUGUUGUCAUUGCCUGCAAUGGUAACCCAUUGGUGCCUGUGCACCUUGACCGUUAGAAGCCACCCAGCAGGGGUUAUGGCCCAGCUGCUGGCCUUUACCUUAAAUAGCAAUCAGUUUAAAAAAAAAUUAAAAAAAAAAUUUAAAAAAUGGUUUGAAAACCUAAAAAAAAAAAAUAGCAAUCAGUGUUGCAUUUGGGUUGUCCCAGACUCUGUCUCCACUGCUUCUUUUUUCCUUCUUUUUCCUUCUUUAUAUAACCCGCUCUGUUAAAUACAUUGCAUGAAAGAGAAAGACGAGACAGAAACUUAUCAUGAAUAUGGGCUUUUCUGUAAUAAGCUUCCAUUUAUAAUAUUGGUCAGCUUUGCUGUCUCUGAUCUUAUCCUCUGGAAUUUAGUCAUUACAUGGCACUUCAGGAAUUUCAAGGUGCUUUCAAUCAAGUCACUUCAUUCUAAUACCAUAGCCCCCUUGGGAUGCUGCUGACAGUGUUACAAUAUACAGAAGCCUAAAGUCAAGGGAGUUGCUAAGACCAAAAAGUUAAUAGAAAAGCUGAGACAAAAGUCUACUUUACAUGGUUACUAAUCCAGGGCUUUUUCCACUUCAUCACAAGGAGUGUUUUGAAAGUAUCUGGGUUUUGUUCCUCCCCAAAGUCAGCUGCUGGGGGAAGCUUUAAAAAUUUGGAAAUACAUACUGGCAACAUGAGAGCUCUCUGUGUAUCAUGUGGCAACCUUGCUGUGUUUGGAUCUAAUAAAAGCAAGAAAUGAUACAAGGAAGUUUCUUUUCUUCUUCCCAAACUUUUGAGUCACCCUAGUAAGUCAGAGUAUUCAAAUGUACUAGAUCAUUAUGACUCAUUCGCGCUUCCUGACUGAAAGAGUUUUCAUGUUUUCCUUAUUAUAAAGGAAAUAAAGUACCUAAUGCCAGAUAUG